AUGUCUGAGAAAUAAUUGGAUAGUCAAUAUAAAUUAUAGGAGUAGGAGACAUAAUCAGGGAAUAAUAUUGAAUUAAGUAGUCCUUAAGGAAGUAGUAAAAAGAAGGGAAGAGCAAGGACAGCAUCAGAAAGGACAUUUAGUGCUGCAGAAACAUUAUAUGGAAGACCAAGAAAUACAGGGUCUAUGAUACUUUUGAGAACAGCAGAUCAAUUUAAUAAAAAGGUUAUUCAUGAUGUAAUUAAUCAUUCUCCAUCUAAAUAACAAUAUUCAUUUGCAAAAGCUACAAGAUUCUCGAAACCUCGUUCAAGUUAUUGCCAAUAAUAAUUUUAUGAUUCUUAGUAUAUUAAUCUAAUUUAUAUUUUUAGGAUACGAACAUCUCUUGGCAAAAGAACUUGCAGUUUUGGAUUUGGUAUAAAAUUCGAUUUUGCCAAAUUAACAGAUAAGUAUAUUCCUCCUCCUACAGCUUAUACAAUAAAAUCAAAACCUAAAGCAGUCACAAAAUUUGGAUAUGGAAGAGAAGAAACAAAAGCUGUUGGAAUUUAUGGAAAUCCAAAUAAGAAUCCUGCACCAAAUACUUAUACUCUAAAAGAUACAUUCUCAAAUAUUAAAUUUUCAUUUGGAGAAAGAACCAAAGCUAAACGUAUGUAAUUAUUAUAUUUUAGAUAUAUAUUUGGAAUCUACAACUCCAUCUCCUUGUGCCUAUAAUGUUGGAGGUAUUAGUAAAAUGGGAAAUUAUUUUAAUUCCAAAUAUUCAAGUAAUAGAGCUCCAUUGUUCUCUCCAUCUUCUAAUAAAUCUGUCAGAAUCAUUAAAACUCCAGGACCAGGAACUUAUGAUCCACCAGGAGAUAUUGCUGAUAUAAGAUUGAAAAGUAGUUCAGGUUUCAGUUUUGGAGCAUCAGAAAGAAAAACUAUUUAAAUUCGAAAUAAAGUUUGUAAAUGAUUAAGAUUUCAUUAUAUUAGUUCCUGGACCUGGCACUUAUUAAUUACCAUCAGAAUUUGGUGAUGUUGAAUAUCCAGAUUGA